AUGUGUCCAUUUGACAUGGCAUGCAGUCGUAGCAAAUGUGUCAAGAAGUUCUCUGGCUCCAUCGGAGCACCAUGUCAGAGUUAUGAACAAUGCAAUCUAUUCGAUGGUGUUGCUUGUGACAAGAUGGCAGGCAUUUGCAAGAAGGAUCAGUAUAGUGGUCAUGACUGCUACAUGAGUUCAGAGUGUGGCACAGGCGAAUGUAGAUGCAAUGGAGAGUCAAAGAAGUGUGUGUCCUACGGUAGUGCACUUCCAAUCCCAGCAUGUCGCGACCUGUUUUAUAAUGUGUCACAAUGUAUCAUUAAUAAUGGAUGUACAAGGAUGUUGAAUGGCACUUGUCCACAAUGCUACAUGCCUUGGAUGUGUUAUAGAUAUACAUGUUAUGCAGCUCAGGCUUGGAACCCUUUGAAGAGUGCAUUGGCAUCGAUGUGUGGAGAGUUGGUUGAAGGAGGAACCACAGCACAUUUUGAUCUAUCUGGUCUGAAUGAUGGUGAAGUGCCCGUUGGACAUGUUGGUGCCGGUCCAUCAUUCGUUGACAAUACCAACUACAACUACACUGCUGAUGAACAGAGUCUUAACCUCAACUCCAACUCCAACUCUUACUUCAAUUCGUCGUCUAAUGCACCCAUAAGUCUACACAGAGUGUACUCUAACUCUUAUUCAUUGGCACUUAUUUGGUUAAUGUUAAUAACUAUUCUCAUUAUAAUGUAA